AAUAAAGAACUUGCUUCAUGACAUUUUUUUUUUUUUGAAAGAUCUUCAUGACAUUACGACUGUUACUUUGACGGAAGCAUCUGAAACUGGUAAGAAGAAGAAUUUCUGCGAAUUAUUUGAGAACAAAUCUGCGAAAUUGGAAGAAAUCGUACAUGGAUUCAGCACAAAACACAGCUGCAGUAGGAGGAAACAAUGGAAUUAUAAAUGCGCAAGGAAACAACAACAACAACAACAGUAGUAACAACGACGGAACAAUCUCAGAUGAUGCGAAGCAAAACCUAAGUGACGUCACCAACUCAAUUGACAAAACUUUGGGCCUUCUUCAUCAGCUUUACCUUACUGUCUCUUCCUUCAAUGUCGCCUCUCAGCUCCCUCUUCUCCAACGCAUAAAUUCUUUGGUGAUGGAGCUUGAUAAUAUGAUGAAAUUGUCUAGCAAAUGCAAUAUUCAGAUCCCCAUGGAGGUUCUCAAUUUGAUUGAUGAUGGGAAGAAUCCAGACGAAUUUACAAAGGAUGUUCUUAACAGCUGUAUUGCGAAAAAUCAAAUCACCAAAGGCAAAGCUGAUGCUUUCAAGAGUUUGCGCAAGCAUCUGCUUGAAGAACUUGAGCAGGCCUUUCCCUCUGAAGUGGAGGCUUAUAGGGAUAUACGUGCCUCAUCUGCUGCUGAAAUGAAAAGGAUGGCGCAAGCCCAAAGUGCACUGCCUAAUGGAGAUGUAAAGGUCAAGAGUGAGCUAUAGGUUCUGAGAUUGGCAUGCAAUCAGAGUUCAAGCAAGAAAAGAAUGCAGAGUAUAACACCACGGAGCAGAUAUUAUAGUCACCUCCAAAGAAAUAAGAGCAUUUAUUGUAGUUGCUGUUGACGGAGCUAAAGCAUGGAGAGAGGAGAGGGAGUUUUUGAGAGAACUUGGGGAGAAACUCAAGCUGUUGAGGAUUUUUCACUCUGUCCUCCAAGCUUCUAAGCUAUACUCUUGCAUACAUUGUAAACAGCGUAAGACCAAUGAGUACAAAAAAUUUGAUGCCUCUUAAUGAAGCUUGCCACAAGGAAAAGUCAAUGAAGCAUAUUACAUUUGUUGGCUCAGCUUAUUCAUCAACCUCACAUGUGAACUGAAUCCCACAUAAUGGUUAUGUUUUAAAUUGCUUAUACUAGUGAUCAAUUAGGGGGAUAUAUGGUAAUUUUACUAGGUAAAUGUAUUAGGCAGAAGGUCAUUCUGAAACAUAGUAAAGGUCAACAACUUCCUCAUGGUCUCAUCAGAGAUAAAGAGACCAGUUAAAGUAACACAGCGACUUAAGCUUAUGAGCAAAUCCAAGAUAGUGAAAUUGUGAUCUUAGAAUUUCUGUGUAGACAGUUUUGGUUAUAUAAUAGCCAGUUGUCAGUAUCAAAUUAUAAGUUUUAGUCUUCUUUUCAUGGGUAUUUAUUUAAGUUCUUAAUUACUAUCUGGUGGAUAUUGCUUAAGGCCUAUGAGCUAUAGUGUAGAAGUGUCAAGGAUUUGUUCCCCAGACCAGAAAAGUGUAUGCCUGCAACAAAAAAGUAAUAUUUCAUGUAGGUUGUGGGAUGAGGUGGGUUGUCCACCUGCUUCUUUAGAUCAUUUACAGGUCCAGUAUGUGAGUUUGGGAAGGUAUACCCAAUUUGUACCUCUGCUGUUGGUGAUUUGGCUGGAGAGGAUAAGAUCCUUUCAGGAUUGCAUCCUGUUAGGCUUCUUUGUUUUAAGUACGUUGUGAUCUUACCUUCUCUCUUGAUUGGUGCUUAUUGAGGCUUUCCUUUCCCAUGUCUAUCUCAGAUGUAAUACAUGUAACAUGAUUGCUCUUUACCCCCGUUUUGCUUGAUUUUGAAAGUGGUGUAUAUGCAUUUUGGUUGACUG